AUGUUUCAACUGUUAUCAUUUCAGACAGUUCUACUGCUAGAUAUGUCGAACUUUGAAUCAGAGAAACCUUCCGUAUAUGUACAAUCGUCAGAAAAAACCUCCCAGUCGAUUUGCUCACCAGGCGCAGGACCAACCGGAAAACGUCUUGACUAUAUCACAUGGCACCAACAUCACAUGUAUAUGGCACGAAUGCUGAGCGAGAUGAGUACAUCAUCUCAACCUAGUGGAUGUUAUAUUGUCGAUAAAGAGCAUUAUCAAAUUGCAUCAGGUUAUUCAGGGGAAAUUGUCUUCAAAGAAGAUUCCUGUCAGUGUGCAAUCGUCUCAGCGCUUCAUAAAUUGGAGAAAAAAGCAAAUGACAGUGACGAGAAUUUCAUAAUGUAUAUUACGAGUUUUCAUGAUUGUAGGCAAUGCUGGGAAAGGAUCAGCAGUAUGAAGAUUUCAAAAAUCUGGUACUGGAGCCCUUCAAACAAUUCAAAAAAUUGGGAGCAUGAAUUCCACGCUUUUCUAAAUUCAAGUGGUAUCGAGUUGGCAAAGUAUACGCCAACUCGAACGAUUUCAAUUGAUUUCCAAUAA